AUGGCGUCACCAAAUGAGAAAGAAGCGGAGGUACAACAGCAAGACAGCCUCGCCGAUGCCCUCAACGAUCUCUUCACUAGCGUCUCAACCAUGGUUACAUCCGAACUUCAGGGGACAAGCAAUCAAUUGGAGCUAUUGGAGAAGAUGAAUGUAAGAGUGAGUGAAGAGUACAAAGGGUUUGGUGAUGUGGCAUCUGGGCUAAGGGUUUUUGUGGAGCAAUUGAAGGGUAAGAGUGGUAAUUUUGACGAGUAUGUGCAGCAAAUUGAGGACAUAGAGAAACAAGUUACUGAAUUUGAAGCUGUUAUUUCAGUUCUUGAUAAGUAUGUUUCUUUGUUGGAAUCUAAAGUUCACUUUGUGUAUCGACAACAAUCUCCUACUUCGUAA